AGCACUCCAAUUGGACAAAAUUCAACAAGGACCAAGGAGUACCUCUAGAAAAUGCGCCCGUCCCCCUGCCCCCACGCCUGUGCCACCCAGCCUGUCCCCAUGUCUCAUCUGCUCUUGCAUACAGCUUGUCCUCCCCGCCCCUCUUUCCACUUCAGCGCAGGUUUUGGCAGCCGUUCCACACUGGAUCGGAAAGAGCGCCUAACUCUCUUCCACAGCUGCCCUGUGUUUCCUGUGGUCUUAGUUAGCUGCCUCCUCCCCUCACCAUGCCCCCGUGUUGGUGGCCUUGUCCCCUCCCUCGCGGGCGGCUGCCCUGCUGGGCUCAGACCAACCCCGGGGGAGGAGGGCGUAUUAUUGUACGGGGGCUGCCACUAUCUCUGCCGAAUAGUUAAGCACAAAAGAUCAAGAACACUCACCAACACUGGUGUGAUGCCCGCGCUCUCCCCGACCUCCUCAACCAGGGAUGUGCUGUUAUGCUGAAGGCAAAGUGGAGCUUAGCAGUGAAAAAUGAGAGUAAAAAGCAGCCCCUUCUCCCACAACCGUCGCCUCUCCACGUCAUCCUCCAAGGCUGGCCGCAAUUCACAGUCUCCAAUCUCUUGCCAGUUUGACCGUCCCCAUGCUGCCCUGCGGCGGGAUCUUGCUUCUGGCGCACAUCUGGCCCUGUCACUCCUUCGCUUAAAAUCCUUCAGACUUCUAUGCCCAGGAUGAAAUUCAAACAGCCCUGCCUGGUACACUAGGGCCCUCCUGCCUGCUUUUCACGUCCCUCCAUGUUCCCCAGCCCCCCAGCCCCUGCAGGCUUCCACACUCCAGCCCUAUCCUGAAGCUGUGCCGCUACCCAAACCUACGAGGAGCAGUUGUCUCGAAUGUUUCAACGCCUGUUCCCUCUUCACCGAAAAGCCUCUUUGCCUGGUCGACGCUUCCUCACCCCCAAGACUAGGCUCUGAGGAGGCAGCUUCUCUUUGUAGAAACCUCUGGAUGCAGAAACUUGGUUGUUGGUGCCCCCUUGGACUGUGAGCAUCCUGAGGACAGGGACUGUGACUUUGAACUCUGGGUCCCUGGAAUCCUGGCACAGAAGAGGGAGCUUGCUUGUGGAGAGCUGGCUUCUGAAGGGCAGAUUUCAAAAAGCAGAGAGAGCAAGAAUUUUUCAGUAGCAGACUCCAAAGACAAAGUGGCUCAGCUGGGCCAGGAGAUCCUACAGUAAGACUUCGGACAUGGAUUGCAAAUGGACCCAGUGAGGGAAAAAGCAGGAAGUAUUAAUAUCUAGAGACAGCAAGGUCUACACCCAAAGCUCAUCAUGCAUGAUCUCUGAUCUUGAAAGAUAUGGAAGAGAGAAGGAAGGGGACACAGGCAAGGCACAUGGAAAAAUAACAUGAACCCGAUGAGCCAGUGACAAUUCUUUUGGGAAUAGCUAAAGCCCACGGAAGGAGCUUCUGUAUAAUUUUUUUUUUUUUUUUUUCUGCACCGAGAGGUAUGUGGGAUCUUAGUUCCCUGACCAGAGAUCAAACCCACACCCCCUGCAGUGGAAGUGUGAGUCCUAACCACUGGACUACCAGGGACGUCUCCUGUAUAGUUAUUUUUGAUGCCAGGAGAGCUCUUCUGGGUUGACAGGGAAAUGAUAACCCUGGUGAAGGGAGAACACCACCACGUAAUUCAUGUUUUGUUUCUGUUUUCUUUUGUGAAGGAGCCUAAUUUUUCAUCUGGACUGGAGUAUUGAUCAAAGGGGAUUGUAGCCUGUAAUAGCAGGGGGAGACCGGAUGGCAGCAUCUAACUGGGUAGAAUGAGUUGAGGUCCCCUUCACGUCUGUCUGUCCUGCACAAUGUGGGGGAGCCCUGACUCCACAGCGACCUCUGGGGAAGGGAGAGCUCCCCGGGGGAUGAAGAAGAAGGGUGCUCUUCUUCAUUCAGCUCUGUGGACUUGACGUGUUCCUCAACAGAACUCCCCAGGGGAAAGCUUGUGAGCACAUACAUAGAAAAGGAAGCCCUGCUUUCUAGGAUUCCUAAGAAUAAAUCAUACCAGCCUAGCCUCAUUUAGUUUUUGAUAGGCUAAGCAGAAGAAUACCCUGGAGAGGGCUGUCUGGGUUCUGUAGGGCAUUUGAUGGAGAUGCACAUCCUAUCUUGCCAUAACAUAGCAAGCUGAAGCGUGGGCUGAAGAGUGAUGUCCAGUUAGAUGGACUCAUCGUCAGAAGGUGCCACUGGCCAUCAGAGUCUGCCUGGAGGAUAGGUCUGGGCGGCACCCAGAGCUCUGUCUCCACUGACAGGUUGGCCAGCACAGACCCAAGGUCUUGAACGAGGCCAUUAACAGAACAGUGGUCGGGUUCAUGCAUAACAUGAAGGCAACUGACAGCGAAGAUCCACAAAGAUCUCAAAAGACCAUAACGAUGGGCUGAGUGGGAGAGACCAAGCUGCACAGUGGAGAACAGGGUCUAGGAAAUGGGAUUUCACAGCCAGACGUGUGGACUAGACUUUGGGCUCAACCUGUCAAGAGCGUAGCGUUGAGGGGCUCCCCCCAAAAUAAGGGUCCACUUCAGUUCUGAGCGCCUUGCUCAAUGAGAAUGUCAGCAACCUCAAGGGCUUUCAGAAGAACCCACCCAGACGGCAAAGAUUCCCGAAGACAGAGAAGAGUAGCUUGUUGCGCUCGGGGGAAGGGAUAGUGUGCAAAGUAUGGCAACUUUUUAAAUAUUUGUUUAUUUGACUGUGCUGGGUCUUAGUUGCAGCACAUGGAAUCUAAUUUCCUGACAAGGGAUCGAACCCAGGCCCCCUGCUCUGGGAGUGCAGAAUCUUAGCCACUGGACCACCAGGGAAGUCCCUGGCGACUUUUCUCCAAGUAUGCGGAGGCCCUGACUGAAUGGACGGCUAUGCGGGUCCCAGGACAUGAGACCAGGCAGCUUCGAGGCCAGCUCAGCCUCCUGGUCAUGGCGCGGCUGCUGAACCAGCAAGAGAGUCUCCCUCUCUGGCAGGAGAAGGCCCAGCUGUCCUCGCUCUGCCAGCUCCUGGGCCUCAUGAGGCCAUCAUCCCUGAGGCGGUACCUGGGCCCUGAGACCGUGCUGCCUGGCCAGGAGCAACAGCCAAAACCCAGUGCCCAGCUUGACCACAAAGUCUGCUACCUGUGCCACAGCCUCCUGACCCUGGCCGGGGUGGUGGUCAGCUGCCAGGACAUUACUCCAGACCAGUGGGGAGAGCUGCAGUUGCUCUGCGUGCAGUUGGACCGCCACAUCAACACCCAUAUCCGGGAGAGCCCCCAGGCCAUGUAUCGGACCACACUCAAGGACCUAGCUGCCCAGACCCACAUCCGCUGGCAGGAGCUGCUGGCACACUGCCAGCCCCAGGCCCAGUACUUCAGCCUCUGGGAAGACGUCUAGUGGAGCAGGGCAAGAGUGGCCCAGCGCUCCUGGCUCUGGCAAGAAGCGAACACGGCCUAGGUAACUGGAGGCAUGAAGAAUGGGGGCCGGGGGAAGACCAAGCAGUGGAAGCAAGCGCCUGCCUCCCCCACUGCCCUGAGGCCGGCUGGGCAAGGGUUCUGCCUCUCACGUCUCCAGCCCUUCCCCAUGUCUCCGCUCCCCAAGGCCAUAGUCUCCAAAACUCUGGUUUCUCCGGGCCUCCCGAGGCCUGCAGCCACCCUCCUCCCCACCCUCCUCCACCUCUCCGUGUCCCUUGUAUGAGGGUUCUGGGUGCUCACUACAGCCUCAGCAUCAGUGGUUUAGAAGAGUCCCCCCAGCCCCUUACUGAGGGCUGUGCUCAGCGUCCGGUUUCCUGAUUCCGCUUGUGCUUUGCAGAAUUCUCACCCGGAGCCAGUUGUCUGACUGGGUCUUAGGCCCCGGCCUGCCCCCUGCAGCAGAGGACUGUUUAUUAAACCUUCAGGGUUUAUGAACAGUCUUGGCUAUGGCCUGAACGCUGUCAGAAACCCCGGGAGCAGGGGUGGGGAGCAUCAGUUUGGACCAGUCUGAAACCAUCCCCCUGCUGCCACUGGGGAAGAGCCAUGGGGUGAAAUGGUAGAUGAGGCCUGUAAUUACCCUUAAUUCGGUUUAUUGUUGAGCUCUGAAAUCAACUCCCAGACUUAGGAGUUGGGAGCGGGGGUGGUUAGUUCCCAAUACUUUUUGUUUUCUCUUGGCCUUACCCACGAUCAGGUUUUGUGGGCCCUGAUCCCUGAAGGGGUGCUAGAUGUCUUCAACCUGCUCUCUUUGAGAGCAGGUAUCCUUCAGUACUCCCAGGAUAUCCAUGGGUAUCACUUUCUCUCUCUGUCCUAAGAAUCCGUUGCUAGUCCCUGGCCCUUCCGGAGCCUUUCUAGGUUGGAAGGGGUUUUGCAGGGGCCACAGGGGUUGGAGAGGAAGAACCAGAGGUUGGACCCUGCGCACUGGGCCCGUGCCCGUGAUCAGCUCAGCCCCUAGCGUCUGCCAGCGUUCACCACGGCUGUGCUUGUGACUUUUUCUGUUUGUUUGUCCCUCCCCUUUGUUCUGUCAUGCCAAGUUAAGGCCGGUUAAGUAGGAGAGAUACUCCCCCAAAAUAAAGGACCUUCCAGUUCAAGUGCCUCAAUUUGUAGACCUGAAGGGCAGCCUAUC